AUGGCGGACAAGCUCGAGACUGUGAACGAGCGCAACUGCGGUACCAAGACCAUACACGUGCGAGUGCUGGACCCGAUGGUGCGCAAGACCAAGCAGGACUGCGAGGUCUUCACCUGCAAGCUGAUCAGCGAGAGCGGCCUCUAUUGCACAGCCGAACAGAUGAUCUUCGGGGACUCGCCGGCGGCGCGCACGAGAGUCAGCAAAGCAUUGGCGACCAAGUGGACCGCGAAAUCCGCGUGGUCUCUCUCCAAGCUGAAGCUUGUGCGCAAGAAAGAGGCCUUCCACGGGGGCCCGCACUCAUGCGUACUUCAGCUGAACAACAAGGCCAUGACCACGAAAGCAUUGGACGCGCCGGAUGCCAACAAGCUGCCGGACGAGCUGGAGCCCCCCGUGGGAGUCCAGGAUGUCCUCGACCUCUCGCAGGACCAGGCGAUCGACCUCCACGGGUUCGUCUCGGAUGUUUCUCCCGAAGCCCAAUUCAAAGGCAAGAACUUGGCGGAGGCCGCGGUCUGCAACGAGAAAGAGCCCAUCUACAUCUACGGAGCGUACUUGGUCCACCCCGACAGUGGCGGCGUGUACCUGUCAGUCCGGGAGUCCACGUCCUUCGCCACGCCUACAGGCACGCGCCCCAAGAUAGCGGCCAUGCUCGCCGGCGGCGUUCGCGACCUCGCCGGCGACCAGAUCCAAAGCCUGACCGUCUAUGAGGCCAAGGACUACAAGGUCGGGCCCGCCACCAGCUCCAACGCGGCCGUCCUGGACGCGCUCCUCCAGAGCAAGACGACGCCCCCGGACACCCUGUUCGAGAUCCCGGCAGCGUCAUUCUCCCUCAGCGACACGGAGACGCUCUUGAAAAAAGAUGGGACCCGCGUCUGGGCAUCCGUGCGCAUGGUCGACCACACUGGGUCCGUGGAGGCCAAGGUGGCGGAGAAGGUCGCCCUCGCGCUGACUGGCUGCACGGACAAGGCGGAAUUCCAGGCCGACGUUGAACAGGGGUCCGUGACGUGGACCCGGGCGCGCGUUCGGGCCACGCCGCGCGCCCCGAAGAGCGUUGAUGGCGACAAGACGAGCACGGGCCCCCGCCUGAUCAUCGUGCGCGCGGACCCCCGGAACUUCGACGCCGUCGUCCCGCUGCCCGCCCCGCACAGCGACAGCCGCGUCGUUCCCACGAACGCCCGCAGCAUUUCCUUGAGCACCACCGGGAAGCUGACCAUCACCAUCGGCUCCGCGCGCUUCCUCGCGAGCGGCGCGCUCCUCCUGGUAGAGGCCACGAAAGACCCCGAGACCGUGCCGCGCGAGGGCGGCUUCGCGAUCACCAACUACAUCGUGGACGCGGCGGAGAGCGACUCCGACCAGAAAGCCGUCUUCCACGCCGUGACUGCCUGCGCGACGAAACGCUUGGGCCGCUACGCGCUCACGAAGAAAGACCAGGCGCUCAUCGUGGUCACCCACUUCGACGCCGCGACGUCCGAGUUUACCGUGAGCGACAUGUGGAAGUUGCCGCCCAGCAUCACGCCCGACGCGUUCAGGGCCGAAAUUGCUGCUGCAGGUGAGACUCUGACCAGUCGCCUCACGCGCGCCAAGCGCAAGGCCGACCCCAAGGCCGAGGACAACUUCGACGAGUUCCUCGGGCCCGCGGUCAAGCGCAUCCACGAGGCGUUCGGCGACCCGGCCGCGCCCGCGGAGGAGGCGACCUCCAGCGCAGCUUUCCUGCGCGCGCGCGUGGC